GACAGGCAUUUUGAAAACCAAGUACUUCGAAAUCAAGAUGAGCUGCUGUAUAUUGACCUGUGUCAAGCAAUGAAUGCUGGAGAUAUUGGUCAAGUAGAGGCUUCGUUUCUGCCAUGGAUAUACAUGUUCAAGGCCACGGGGAAGCAUAAAUAUGCAGUACAGAUCCUGCACUUCCUGACCAACCUUCAAUACAACUACCCUGUUGAACUCAGGUGCGUGACUUACAAUGUCUACUAG